UGACAUUUGGUUUUCCCCAAACAUACAGACAAAAAGCAGAGAAACUCAACUCAACUCCACACACACACAUACACCACAAACAGACAAAAGCAAACCCCACUGCUACAAAGAAAAGCUCGAGAACCCUUUGGAGUGAACGAACCAAUACCAAACCCAUCAUCACAAUCUAUAUUGAUCAUGCCGUCUGGUGCGAAGAAGAGAAAGGCCUUGAAGAAGAAGAAGGAGCAGGGAGCCUUUGGAUCCAGUACAAGCAACAAAGGUUUCAAUGGUCAUGGGUAUGAUGAACAUGGAAGUCAAGAUGAAGGAGAAAGUGAUGGCAAUUUGAGUUCCCCUGGUUCUCAAGGGAACGAGGAACUUUGGACAAGAGAUCUAUCACCUUCUCCGUUAUCUGGUCUAAGGAAGGAGACUGUUAAAGAGAAAACAGAAGAUGCGGACGUUAUUACUCAGGGACAAGGAGCGAAAAGUGAAGACAUUAUUGCAGUUGGAACGGAUCAUGAGGAGAAUGGUCUGAACAAAUUGCCCAAUUCGUUAACUGAAUAUGUUACUCACAAUACCAGAAAAGCAGCUUCUCAAGAGUCUGGUGGGACAUCAACUUUGGAAAUUACACCUGCUGUUGAUUCUGACAAGCCUGUGGGUUCGUCUGUCUCGAAGGUUGUGAUUUCUGACAAAGAUGAGCAUGUUAAGAGCUCGACAGACUCGGUUUCUGUCAAACUGAAGCCUGAUGAGAACGAAGAGAAGCGUAGUCUAAAAGAAGCCAAGGAGGAUAACAGUCCAGGAUCUGCUGCGGGAACAAGUAAAGAAGUCAAGAGUGUGAAAGAAUCUCAAGUGCCAGAGUGUUCUGAAGAGGAGAGUCUUUUGCCUUCUGGUCCACCAGUUGUUCGAACCUCCUGGUUGAGUUGCUGCGGCUUGUUUGAUUGUUUGAAAUUGGUUAGAGAACCAACGACAAAUUCGAAGCCAUAUGAAAACAACAGACACUUGGCUACUAACCGGAGGAGGAAAACAUUCAGCAAACAGCAGAAGCUCAAAGAACGGCUGACAAAACAGGAUACAUCGUCUUCUGUUCAUGUACAUUCAACCAUUAAUGUCUCUGCUAGAUUAUAAUGUGACGUUUUUUUAGCAAUAUACGAACAAGAACAAAAUAUGUCUUCUGUUCAUGUCAAGGACUUUUAGAGUCAUGAGAUCCGAACAUAGUUCUAUUUUCUUUGAUGUAAUAUAUAUCUUCUUUCAGCUGCAAUUUUUUUCUUUUAUUAUAUUCUUGAGUACAGGGAUACACUUGCCAAGCUAGCAAAUCUAGUUGCACAGAAGCA